AUGUUCUGGACGUUUCCUGUUGCAUCCGUCAAAGCACAGCUCGUUUCGCAGCCAUUCAAAAGAUCACAGCUCGGUCUAUUCCAAGGAAAGACCAAGCAGUAUGGUAACAACGUACCACACUCGAAACAUAAAACUCGACGCACAUGGCUUCCUAACAUCCAACGGAAACGGUUCUUUUCUGAAGCCCUAAAUGAGAACGUGAGGGUGAAGGUAACGACGCGAGCGCUGAAAACGAUUAAAAAGCACAAUGGCAUAGAUAAUUAUGUGCAUAAUAUGCCAAGUAAAACACUAGGCUGGGAGGGAAUGCGCAUACGCCAGAUGGUCAAAUCUGCUAUGAAGGAUCCCCGGAUGCCAGCAGGGCUAUCUGAGGAGGAGGCAAAUGCGUGGAUAGCGAAACGCACCGAAGAACUUGAGAUACAAACAGCGACUGAGGCUAGAAGAGAAGAGACAGCACGAAUACUUCGUAAUAAGCUGCCCAACCUUACAACUGCUCGGAAGGCUACUGAGCAAGCCAUCAAGGCAUUGGGUCCUUCAGCUAGGUAA